GGCCUCGAGCAAAAAUGGGUCAAUUCGCUUAGCUUUCAAGUUGGGUUGGAUCAACCUUUCUAAAGUAAUUUUUAAAAAAUGGUUAUAAGGAUUUGAAGAUAAUUUAAUUCAUUUAUAGAAUAGUGAUAUAGUUAUAAAAUUUUAAUUCUUUAUUGACUUGAUCGCUUUCAUUGUAUAUUUAAGUUGUAUUAAAAAUUUGUGUUGUAGAUGAUAUACUGACAAAAUUACUCACUAACUUGAGGUACAAUUCUCAAGUAUGAAAUUUUUUAGUGCUAGAUCUUUUACUAAGGUUGAGUGGAUUGAGUUCAUUUGAAAAAAAAAAUUAAGUAAAUUGAGAUGAAUUUCAUAUUAAAUAUUUAUUUAUUAUUCUUUACUUAAUAUGUUAUGCUUUACUUUUUUUUAUUUAAUUAUCUUUUUAGAUAAUUUAGCUUUAUUAUUAUUUUACACGUAAUAAGAACAUGUGCUGAGAAAGUUGAUAACUUGACAGGGUCUACAAUAUUUAAUAUUUUUUUUCCAUUCUUUUAUGAUGAAGGUAUUUAUAGUGAACUUUGUAAAUUUAAGUAUUAUCUAACUUUUAUUUAUAACAAUUUUGUUCUUUGUUCUCUUACUUGACAAUUGACAUGAUCAUAAAGAUAAUAUGACCCGGCCCGACCACUUCGCCAAGUAUAUCAACGUGUGGAGUCAUAAACACAAUAGUGAUGGAAUAGGCAAAUUGGUUUUCAAUAGUGUCCCACACACAAAAGGAAAGAAGUAAAAGGUUAGAUAAUAGAGUGAAAGCCACGUCGCUAGCGUAUGCAGCGUGAACAUGUUGGCCACCCUCAAGGCAAAUCAAACCGACGAGAGUUUGUCGAAACUCUGACUUCCUUGUCCCUCCUCUUCUCUCUCUCUCUCUCUCUAGCUCUCUCUUUUAUUGCUAUCUAUCUAUGCAUAUAAAGACACAGAGGGACUAAGGUGGCAGUCUUUCAACACAGCUAGCUACUCUAUUUCACCGUUUCAUUUCAUCAUCAUCAUCAUCAAUCUCAAUUCUCAAUUGUAGAUGGGAAUUACAUCAGCACAACAUUCAUCAGCUUCUUCCAUAGACAGCAGCUGCAACCCUUCUGCAGCAGCUGCCACCUCUUUUUCCUCUUUCUGUGCUCCAAUUCAAAGCAAUAACAGCGCAAGAUUUGAUUUGAGCACAGACCUCAGACUUGGUCUAAGCAUCUCAUCCUCUUAUUACAAUGACCUCUUUCCCACUCCAACAACGACAACAAGAGUGCAACCACGAAGCUGGCCACCAAUCAGAUCGAUAUUGAGGAGUGCACAUUUAGAUAAAGCACUUGAUCAAAAGCAGGCCUCCUUAUUUAUCAAGAUAUACAUGGAAGGCAUUCCGAUUGGUAGAAAAUUGAAUCUUUUUGCACAAGAUGGCUAUGAUAGUCUCAUGACAACUAUUGCCCAUAUGUUCCCCACCACCAUUCUUUGCCCAGGUGCUGAUCGAGUUCACUCUGAUAAAUAUCAUGUCUUGACCUAUGAAGAUAAAGAAGGGGAUUGGAUGAUGGUUGGAGAUGUGCCAUGGGAGAUGUUCUUAAACAAUGUGAAAAGACUAAAGAUCGCCAGAGCAGACAGAUGCUAGCAGCUAGAAUAGUUGUUCUUCACUUAUUCAGUCCAUUUCUCUUUGUGUAUGUAAUUUUGUCUAGUUCCAGCUCAUAUUGACACGCUCAAAUUCAGUAUGGAGUAUGUGCCCAAGAUUACAGAUAUGUACAGCCUUUUCUUACAAAAACUAUAUAUAUCAACAUUAUUAUCUCA